CGGCGCGGCGCGGCGCAAGUGGGCGUAAGGGCCGGGAGAGAGAACGUCGUCCCGUGUUCCAUACAUGGCUAUGCUAUGUGGAAACUGAGAGACACAUAGAGAGGCGGACGGACGGACACAAGCUGGGGGAGUCCCCACCGUGUGGACACGGUGGAGGCGACGUCGGUUUUCUCGUCUUUCCAAGUGGUCGUCGAGCAUGCUCUCGGCAUUCGUAUAGUGUCUCGCAGCACGUACGUCGUAUCCGACCUGUUGCCUGCUGGCCGUCGUGUUGCUGCGGACUGCACCAGCGGCAGAACCGCAUGUCCGGAUCACAACCCGUUUGGCUCGCUACCGUCCGGGCGUUCGUGUGACCCCGCGCGCGCGCGCGCGCGCGAUUCCUCUCCGAUGAGCUGCGGCGCGCAUCGUCGACCUUGGAAAAGACGCGAUGUCCGUUCUUCCUCUUCUUCUACUCCUUCACCUUCUUUCACGUGAUCGUACGCGCACGUCGAAGUCGACGAACAUCGAAUGACUUACCAUAUAUGACACGUGCGACAGCAUAGAUCUCGACGAUUGAUUCGUCGCGAGGUGUCGAGAUUUCAUCGUUGCAGCCGGCGAAGAUCACCCGAGAUCUCGUGUCUCUGUCUUUCGCGGUCCUUGUCUGUGAUAAUUAUGCGGCGAUAUUACGAAGGAUAAAGCGCAAGUGACCAGUGUAAUUAAAGCCGCGGAAGUGUUUCGAUUUUCUUCUCUCUCUCUCUCUUUCUCCUGCUCUCGUCAUAAGUUUUCCCAGCGUGAAAAACACAAGGAGCGUUCGAGGAAUCUCUUGCGCGGGAGGGAUGUGACAUCAAGAAACAUCCAAACUUGAGGACCGUUCUCCGUUGAGACAGGACGGGUCGCACGAUGCACUCGCGAGCGCUUUACUGGCGUGGGUGCUACUGCGUUCCUCCUUCGCUUUGAGGCUGAGGUCAGGUGUGGGAGGGUGCAGAUGUUGGGAACACGCUCGAGACCGAUGCACAUUGCACGUUAUAGAAUGCUCAGACCGUUUCAAUAUCUACUCGUUUUGACAUUGAUAAUGACGGUGUCGUGUGUCAAUGAGACGGAAGACGACGCCACGAUGUCAGCAACAUCAAUGACGAAGUUGAUAAUAACGACAGCUGAAACAAUGUCGACGACAAUAUUGGAAACGACAACAGUAACACCAACAACAACAAUAUCAACAAUAACGACGAUGGCGAUGACAACGACGUUUGCUCCCAAUGAAAACACGUCGUCGUCAUCGUCAUUGUCGUCUCCGUCGGCUUUAUCGGCAACGACAGUAGAGAAUGAUGACAUCCCGAAAGAUAUAUCCCACGCAUCAUCGUCCUCCUUUGACACGGUUUGGGAGUGUCCGAAUAUCACAAAAGUGGGUGUGGAAUGUUCCUGCGACUUUCCAUAUACACUCAGAUGUACAGGCGAUAGAACGGCGCUGCAGGCUAUCAGUGAACAUCUCAAACACAGUCGGCCGAACACGAUAUCUUUACUGGACCUGACCGUGACGGGAAUCUCUGUGUUGCCGGCGCGCUUCCUCGAGGACGUUGCUCUUCAUGGGCUAGUCAUAUCCACCGGUGAGCUGAAACGCGUUCAUGAGAACGCAUUUAUCGCAUUGGCGCGGCCGUUACAGGCUCUUGGACUUCCGAAUAAUCUUUUGGACUCCGUUCCCACGAUCGCGCUAUCGUAUUUGAUCGGCUUGGACCGGUUGGAUCUGUCUCACAACAAAUUGAAAACGUUAAAAGCGGAUUCUUUCAAGGGUUUGUCGAACUUGACUUAUUUGGACCUGUGCGACAAUCUGCUUUCGCAAUUGUCGCCACAAGUGUUUCUGGUAUUGCCGGUAUUGCGCUCGCUGAGAAUGCGCGGAAAUCGCUUGAGCGUUUCUGCUUUGUCCGCCCUGAGAGGUCUCAAGCGACUGGAAGAACUGGAUUUAUCCAACAAUCUGUUGCUGGGUCCGAUGGGACCCAAUUUAUUGCCGCAGAUGCCCAGAUUAUACUUUCUCAAUGUAUCCGAGAAUAGUCUUGUCAACGUGCAACAGGGAGCUCUUAUGGGUUUUAGGAAUCUCACUUAUCUGAGUCUGAGUCAUAAUCAAAUCGACGUGCUGGAAGAUCACUCAUUCAAACAUUUAUCGACCCUGACACGACUAGAUCUAGCGAACAAUUGCAUCGUCGCCGUGUCUAGCGCUUCGUUGGCGCACCUAGAGAAGCUAACGAUGUUGGACCUGACGCACAACUUCCUGCGGUCGUUGACGGCGGACUUAGUGGUACCGUUGAAGAGCCUUCAGGAUCUGCGAUUGGAUGACAAUGAUAUCACGAUCGUGGCGAGCGAUGUGCCGACUACGAAGCUGCAUCUCAAGCGGCUUUCUCUCGCCGACAAUCCGUUCAACUGCGACUGCACUUUGUUGGAGUUUGCUAAUUGGCUCAGCAACUCCAGUUUAACGGAGGAGGAUAAGUCAUCAGUGGUGUGCGCCACACCGCCUGCACUGGAGAAUGGCAUCCUCACGCAGGUGUCACCAGGCAGUCUGCUCUGCGGCGAACCUACACCGCCAAUGAUGACACGCGGUGUGCCCGUGGUGGGUGAGCAGCUCAGCUUGAAAGAAUUCCACUACGACGAGUCGACCGGUGUCAACCUACUUUGGCAUGUGGAGCAAUGCGCUGAGCGCUACACCUGCGACUCGCUCAUCGUCUACGAGACCGUUGACGACAGCGAAGUUCAGCUAGAAUCAAGCUCUUUGCAUUGCGAUUCACGUAUGAUGCGCGAUCCUUGUAUCUUGUCGGUCUCCAUACCGGUUUCAUUGCAUCUACAACUAGGCCACAAGUAUCGCUACUGCGUGGUGUUACUGGUGCCUAUUGCCUACGACGACGUCUCUCUCGGUCUCGGUUGCAGCGACGUGAUCGUUCUAGAAAAGACUCAACAAGAGCAGCAACAGCAGCAGGACGACUCACAUCUCGUGACUUCUACACAGCCGCCGUUCUUUGGCACCUUUUACUCGCGUAUCACCGGAGUUCAUGUGAACGUGUCUGAUCAAGGCAACCUGCAUGUGGACGUCGCGCUCUCCGCGAAGAUGACGGAGACGACGGAGAAAUCGCCCUGCCGGCUGUCGAUUGUUGUCUUUAAUGCGAUCACCGUGGUACAUCGGCAGACGCUCAACUGCAGCUCAGCAUUCGUUACCGUGGAAGUGUCAUUACCGGGUUGUUAUAUGGUGUGCGCCAGUCUGGACGAGCACAUCGAGGCUGUAGUCGCCGUCAGCGAUUUACUCGGGGAUCACGAGCGAUCUCGCUGUGUCGAAGUGGUACAGGGCCACCAGCUGAAUGUCAUCUUCAUCACCUUAGCCGUCGCUCUCGUCAUUUGCAUCAUUACCCUUCUUCUCAUCCUCCGCGGCUACAAUCUCGGUAGGCGGCAUUCCGCUAUACAAGCACAGUGUUUCCUGCCGACACAGGAAUUCGAGAUCACUCACAAAGCACACUACAUUAAACUCCUGGCCACGACGAAAGUCUGACGACAGAUGAUCUGCGACAUCGUAUUAAUAAUAACACGAAUAAUACAAGUAACAACAUCAAUAAUAAUGAUAAUAACAGAGGCCACGGGACAAUCUUGUCAGACAUAGAACAAAUAUGAUUAUGAGAAAUAAUAUCAAUAUUAAUAUAAAAAAUAAUACUAAAGAAACCGGUCAUCUUCUAUGAUGAAGAUAUACGAAUGCUGGCAAAAUAACGAAAAAUCGCAAGUAGCGAUGAGGCAGAUGAGGAUUACACGGUCGAGUAAUUUGUUUUCAUUAAGGUACAAUGAAGUCAAAUUUGACUGGAAAAUCAUGUCGAACACUUUUCGACUGAUCCGAUAUUAUAAUUUUGUUCGUGUAACAUGCUGUAAAUAUGAUUUUUUAAUCGUUUUUAACAUCCAAAUGCAAUGC